AUGUCUCGAGAGGCUAUUCCAGACCCACUCUACCCGCAGCAAGCUCGAGACACGCCGCAGAAACGCAAGUUUCGCCAUCAGGUGUCGACUCAAGUGGUCGGUCAAUAG